AUGACCUAUCUAUUUAUUAUAAUAAAAAUACUAACCCUUGAAAAAUAUAGAAGCAUUUUUAUUUGUAAGUCAUUAGAUACGUUUUAAUAUCUUGAUUUAAAUUCUAUUUACAUCAGAUAAACAUAAAUAGUGUAAUUAAAUCAUUUAUUAUUGCUAAAUAAAAAAUUUUAGUAAAAAAAAACAAACAGAAAGAGAAAGAAAAUGUCAAAACAAAAUCAAGCAAAAGGAUAAUCUAUUUCUUUAUCUAAGAUCAUAUUACCUAUGAUUGUUGCUGGGGCUAUCUUUGUAUACCUGUAAUAACCUACCCCAAAUCCAGUUAAUCUUAAUGCAACUCAUGAUUUAGUUACAAAAAAAGGAGAACUAUUAGAUUCCACUGGCAAGCUAAUAGAGUUUGGGUAUGCUAAAAAACCAGUAAAAGAAUUAAAUGAAGAAAAUCUUAGACCUUUUUUAGGAUUGAAGGCUCUUAGUAGAUUGCGUUAUAAAGGAUGGGACUUUUUUGCAACAACAAAUGAAGAAGCUUAAGUUCUAAUAAUAUUAGCUAACAUAGGAUAUGCAUCAUCUGUCUAAAUUUAAAUAUUUUUGCAUAAAACGAAAGAAGAAUUAAUCUUUAAAGAAGAUAUAUAUAAUCCUUUAAAAUAAAUAACUCUUCCUCGUACAAGCAACAUAUUUUAGGGAUAGAUUUCUUAUAGCAGUCCUAGGGUUAGUAUAAGCGUUUAAUAUGAGCCUGGAAAAGUUGUGAAUAAAAUCCAUGUAAGAUUUAACUCUACUUAAUUUGAAGGUGAUUUUACUAUGAGCAAAGUUGUUGAUAACGAUGAGAUAGUGAUGAUAACUCCAUUCAGUGAAGAUCACAGAAAUUUCUUUUAUGAUACUAAAACAUAUUGUAUGGAUGUUGAAGGAAAAGUUGAGUUCAAAAAUUCUAAAUUAACCCCUUUGAUAUUUUCUCCUUCUACAACUUAAGGAGGAAGAGAUAUAGGCAGAGGAGUCUGGAAUUAUUUAACUCAGUGGUUUUGGGCACAUGCAAAAGGAUACAUAACUGGUACUGAUGGCAUUAGAAAGACUUUUGGAAUGAAUUUAGGUAAUGGAAUUGAAUUACCUAAUUCUAAUACAUAUGAAGAUAGCAUUUUUAUUGAUGGAAAAAUGCAUAAGCUGCAUCCUGUUAUCACCAACAUUUAUCCAAAAAAAAAAGAUUUUUCAAAGACCUGGACUUUUAUCACAUAAAAGCAGGACGUUCCAGGCAGUUUAAAUGCUUAAUUUAGUCCCAUGUAUAAAAGUUCUAAGCAUGAAAAUAAAUUUGUUAUAGAUAUAAAAUUUGAAUAAAUCUAUGGUGUAUUUUCAGGAUUUUUUAUUGAUAACGAUGGAAAUAAAAUUAAUUUCUCCUAAAUUUAUGGAUUUUGUGAACACCAUAGAGCUAAGUGGUGA